GAGAGUUUGCGCGAGCAAGAGAAAGAAAUAUAGACGGAGAAAAGAAGAACGACCUCUUGCUUUCCGCUCUGCCUCGGUCCGGCCGCUGGCAUUUCACCGGUUCCGCCAUUCUACAGAGUAUACACCUGUGCACGGGACUUUUCUGAAGGAGGACCAGGUGGUGCUGUGAUUAUCGCACAGCCCGUGUGAAGAUGAAGUUUGGGAAACAGAUCCAACGCCGACAGCUUGACCUUCCAGAAUAUGCGGCAAGUUUCGUCAACUACAAAGCCCUGAAAAAGCUCAUCAAGCAAUUAAGCGCAACGCCUACGAUCCCCGCGCAAUCAACUACAGAUGUCCGCCACGAUGUCCCGGACGCACAAAGCGCCUUGCGCGCGAACAAGGAGGUGUUCUUCUUCCGAUUGGAGCGUGAGAUAGAGAAAGUCAACAUUUUCUAUCUCCAAAAGGAAGCUGAGUUUUCGCUACGCUUAAAGACAUUGGUCGAUAAGAAGCGUGUGGUCCAGUCCCGGACUAUGACAAAUUCCAAGGCCCCGGCGAAUUUUGUGGCUUUGUUUGAAGGAUUCCAACAAUUCGACGGCGACUUGAACAAGUUACAGCAAUUUGUCGAGAUCAACGAAACUGCCAUGUCCAAGAUCCUCAAGAAGUGGGACAAAACCUCAAAGUCCCGCAUGAAAGAGUUAUAUCUCCAUAGGGCCGUUGAGGUACAACCCUGUUUCAAUCGAGAUGUCUUGCGUGAUCUAUCAGACCGGGCAACAACCGCGCGCUUGGAACUGGAAGCUUGGGCUGAAGGAGAAAACAUCCAAUUUGAUGCAGCUCGUCCGGCUGCGGCAGCCGCGCAGUCGCUAGGAUCCGAGGAAGAAGAUCUAGACGCGCAGGUCCUGCAAUCGACAACUGCGGGUAAUCUCCAGACUCUGCGCGAGUGGACGACGAAGCUGCAGUCAUCUCCAGACGGCGGGGAACGUGCUACUCGCAUGUUCCUUGCGGCUAUCAACGAAUUCUCCGACGAAGUGCUGGCUCUUCUCCUGGAGAGUAACUUGGUGGACAUGCAAGCGGAGGACGAUAUCAAUGAACGCAAUUGUCUGCACGAGGCUACUAUCUCCGGGCGCGAAUUUGUCCUAAAGGCCGGCCUUGCGGCGGGUGUCGAUGUGUCGAGGUUGGAUGUCUAUGGCAGAAUUCCACUUCAUUACGCCUGCAUGCAUGGACGUGUGGACAUGGUGUGCAAGCUACUAGCUGCCGGCCCCGCCACGGUCGAUCUUAUGGACCAUGACAAUUUCACGCCCUUGAUCCACAGCAUUGUCAAGGACCAACUGGCUUGUGCUGAACAACUUCUAUACAGCAACGCACGCAUCGAUCCGGCUUCGGAGUCGGAUCAUAUUCCGCUCAAUCUUGCUUGCCAGCAUGGGUCACUCCCGAUAGUGAAAAUGCUGCUCGAACGGAAUGCGCAAUUGCUCCCAGAUGCUGAAGGCCUCUACCCACAACACAUGGUAGCCCGUGCAUCACAGUCGCCACAGUUGCUGCUGCUCCUUCAGCAGCAUGGUGCCGACAUGAACCAGAGAGACAAGCUGUACCAGUGGACCCCGCUCUUCCAUGCAGCCAGUGAAGGCUGUGUUGGGUGCCUCCGAACAUUGUUGGAGUUGGGUGUGGAUGCGGAUGCUGUGGAUGAGAAGAAUUUGGCGGCUAUGUAUUAUGCGGCAUGGGAAGGGCAUCUGGAGUGCAUGCUCCUACUUUGGUCUCAUCGUGGUGAUGAAAAGCCACCAACUCAAACGCCGCUUGAUAUUCUCCAUGGCUUCAGGUUACAAGAACCUGAAGGUGCCAUGUCAGACCAAUUUGAUUCCGGGGAUAUGGAGACAGCGGACGGCAUUCCCGACCUUUCUCUGCCACCACCCAUCAUUCCCUUGCGGCGCUAUGGUCACAACUUCCUGGACAAAAAGGUGUUUGUUCAGAUUCUCUUCGAUCAAGGUAACUUGGGCUCGAUAUACUUCGACCAGGCGGGCCGCCAUCCAGCUGCCCGGUUGACCAUCUCGUCAAAGCUUUCCGAUCUAAUCCCCCGCACGAUAAUGCUUCCCAUCCAGGACGAUUCGCGGACAAUAUCGUUCCACAUUGACAAUCUGGAUACCUUCGCCGUUGACUUUGAAAUCUUUCCCACAUUUGGCUCCAAGGUGAUCGCAAAGAGUGUUGCGCUACCGGUCGUAUUCAGAGCCGAAAAUUCCAGUACUGGUUCCUGCACUUUGCCCCUAUUCGAUCCUAGAUUACGGUCAAUCGGUCAGCUUCGUUUCAGAUUCCAGGUCAUUAAGCCUUAUCACGGCGAUCCGCUGGAGAUCACCCAUUUUGCGACAUACUGGAAGGCGACCAGCGCGCUUGACUCGGAGCAUAACGGCUUGGUCACCGGCUCAAGUUUGUCGGGCGACCAUGUCCAACUUUUCGUGCAGCUGACCAAGGAUUGCGUGCCUGUGCUUCAUCCGCAGUUCACCAUUAACCACCAUGGAAUAGAAAUCCCGGUCUGCCAUCUCACGUACAGCCAAUUCCAAACAAUUGGCGCAGAAAGAGGUGCUCACCGUUCAGAAAUUGUGCACUUCUUACAAACACAAGGAAUGAACGACCUCGCUCAAAUCCAUCGUGUGCUGGCCGCAUCAUUCCUUUCAUUGCAAGAUGUCCUUGAGCAAUUGCCCAUUGGCAUUAACAUCAAUAUCUCUACGCUUUAUCCGUCACCGACAGAGGAACAUACUCUGGGCAUGACUUCCUUGCCAGACGUCAAUACUUUCGCCGAUGCUAUUCUUACGAACGUCUUUGACCAUGCUCGCGUUUCGCGGGAGAGACAUCCCGAUUUCAUGCGUUCCGUGGUCUUCACUUCAUACAACCCUAACAUCUGCACUGCGCUUAACUGGAAGCAACCGAACUACCCUGUCCUUCUUUGCAACGACCUUGGGCAAAUUCGCGACUUGGCUCGCGAUAUUGGCUCGCUGCCUGAUGUCCAUAGCAGUGGUAGAGCAUCUAUGUCCAUCAAGGAGUCCGCACGCAUUGCUCAGAGUAAUAACUUUAUGGGCCUGAUAUGUCGGUCAAGUCUUCUGAACGUCGUACCAGCUCUUGUGGAAACAAUCAAGGAAUUAGGCCUCGUACUGGUAGCAGAUACUUCGGACGACGUCGGACAGCCUUCGCAGAGUGAAGAAAUGAUAACCGCGGAUCCAAUGGGCGUUGCCGAGUGGGCUUAUCGAAUGCCUGACGGUGUCAAUGGCGUGAUGAAAGCCAAUGGCAUUUUGCGAUUCAAUGAUACGAUCGAUAUGUGAUAUUUACCUUGCUUCGAUUUACAAAUCGACCGUGAUAGUCAUGUCUUUUAUACCAUGCAUAUAUUGACAUAUAUUCGAGAUUUCGUCCUUGCCUUUUUUUUUUUAAUGUUUUUUUUUUUUUUUUUUUUUUCGUCUCACGGUUCAUGGGUUCAGGAAAAACUGCUGUUUUGAUUUAAUGUCCAUUGCUAUUUACAAUUAGAUGGGGCUGUGUUUAGGUUGUGUGCGUUUGUGAUAAUACCCAAAUUGAGAUUUGAGAGCCAAGAGACAUGAAUGUACGCCCCGGAAUUAGUCUAAACAGCUAAUAAACAGCUAAUAUACAAUCGUGAAGCUAUGAUCUAUUUAAACAUUGCCAUGCCAUGCAAGAGAA